CACCGAGCCACUUGGUAUUCUACAUUUUCUCUCUACUGUAUCUCUACUUCUUCCACUCCUCUACAACAUCCAAGAGAUCAAGCAAGAAAGAGCUGGUGAAAAUGGCAACCCUCGAUUCCGUGGUAGCACCAAACGCCUACGUGCGUGCAACCGAGACCGCCAAAUACGUACAGUCACAGUUACCAGAGUCCCUUCAACAUCCCAAGGUAGCAAUCAUUUGUGGAUCUGGACUUGGUGGCCUGGCCGAUACGAUCGAAGCUGAGCCAAAGGUUGCGCUGGACUAUGCCAAUAUCCCCAACUUUCCUCAGAGCACAGUGGCCGGCCAUGCAGGCAAAUUCGUCUUUGGGCAAAUCGGCUCCCAAAAGACCACAGUAGCACUACUAGUCGGACGGGCACAUUUCUACGAAGGCCACUCCAUGGACGCCGCAACCUUUGCAACACGCGUCUGCAAGCUCCUCGGCGUGGAAACCAUCAUCGUCACGAACGCCGCCGGGGGCCUGAACCAGAGCUACCGCGUAGGCGACAUUGUGUGCUUGAACGAUCACCUCAACAUGGCCGGUCUGGUUGGAAUCCAUCCUCUGCGUGGACCUAACAUCGACGAGUUUGGCACACGAUUCCCACCUCUCUCAGACGCGUAUGACCUUGACCUCCGGAGACGCACGCACAAGGCCUGGGUCAAGUUGGGGCUCGACAAGCAGCAGCGCAAAUUGCACGAGGGAGUGUAUGCGUUUGUUGCGGGACCAACCUACGAGACGCGAGCCGAGUGCCGGAUGCUCAAUAUGCUAGGCGCCGACGUCGUAGGCAUGUCAACUGUGCCUGAGAUUAUUAUUGCAAGACACGCCGGCAUCCGCGUUCUGGCGUUCAGUCUGGUGACGAACAGUGCUGUUCUCGAGGCCGGCUCCAAGGGCAACAACCCUGAGAUCCAGGAGAUGAACAGGGCGGAGCUGACGGCGCAUCUGACCAAGGGUAUGGCGAACCAUGCUGAGGUCUUGGACGCUGGGAGGGAGGCAGCCAAAGAUAUGGUCGCCCUUGUUAAGCAGGUGAUAAGCGAUCUGCAUGAGGAGUAGGUAUCAAACCAAGAUGUGGUUGACAUGGCGAGUGAGCUUGUAAACAGCAUGCAAGCGCUAAAAGCCU